ACUCAGAGCAGAGACAGAAACAGACACAGACACAGACCCAGAGCAGAGACAGAAACAGACACAGACACAGACCCAGAGCAGAGACAGAAACAGACACAGACACAGACCCAGAGCAGAGACAGAAACAGACACAGACAGAGGGGCAACGAUAGUACCAGAACCUGAGUACAGACAGAAAACACAGUAAGUUAUUGGAGAUGUCUGAGGCCAUCAAUGCUGAGCCAGAUAUAAACAAGAAGGUCAAGUUUGACAGAGGUGAGAUGAAGGAGAGGAUUGUGGAUAUCUACGUCAGUGCAGACACCCUGAGAGACGGUGAGACCAGCACCAAGAGAGAAGAGACAGCAGACACUGCUCCUAAUAAUGGACCAGGAGACCAGCACUCAGUGCAUAUUCAGUGGUGGAAGAGACCCUCUGGAGUUGCUGCAGUGUGUCUGGGGCUGCUGUGUGUUCUCUUACUGGCUGGGAUCAUAGGCCUGUCUGUCCAAUACAGCAACGUCUCAAAGAACUCAUCUGCAGAGAGAGACCAGCUACAGAACAGUUACAACUACCUGACUAAAGAGAGAGACCAGCUACUGAACAGUUACAACAACCUAACUAAAGAGAGAGACCAGCUACAGACCAGUUACAACAACCUGACUAAAGAGAGAGACCAGCUACAGACCAGUUACAACAACCUGACUAAAGAGAGAGACCAACUACAGACUGAGAGAGAUUUUCUUAGCGGGAGGCUUACCAAUUGCAAACAAACCUGUCCUGAAGGCUGGCAGAAAUUUGAAUCCAGUUGGUACUUCCUCUCUGAGAUGACUGAGAAAACCUGGGAGAAGAGCAGACAGGACUGUCUAGAGAGAGGAGCAGACCUGGUGAUCAUAAACAGCAAUAAGGAACAGGAGUUUCUCUUCAACCUCAAGAAGAUAGUCUGGAUUGGUCUGACUGACUCUGUUAAGGAGGGGACCUGGAAAUGGGUGGACGGCACCCCACUGACCACAGGGUACUGGUAUGACAAACAGCCUGAUAAUGCAGGUCCUACUCAGAACGAGGACUGUGCUGAGAUACAUAAUGACCAGCUUCCUCUAAAGGCAUGGAACGACUUGUCAUGUGACAGCAAACUCAACUGGAUUUGUGAGAAAGUGUUGUAACAUCACCAUGACAACAUACUGCAAUACAUACAGUAGAAAACAUUGCACACAAUUUCCUCCUCCAUUCACCCUCACCCACUCAUAUAUGCAUGCAAACAUGUUUGUAGUAUCAUACUAAUAAUAAAAGGCUGACUCAU